CCCCACUUGAGUAAUCACAUUCUCGCUUCCUUCUUCUACACAGAGCCGUUGGGGGUUGGCGGGGUGGGGACCGCAGCAGUCCGGGCCGGGGCCUUGUUGUCAACACAGAGAAGCCACUUUCGGGCCCGCGGGCGGCUGUCCCAUGCUCUGCUGAGCGCGGUGCCAUGCCUCUGCACCUCCUGCUCCUGCUGAGCCUGCUGGGCCCCGGAGGCAGCCAGCAGUGGCCGUCCGCCCAGAGGGGCGACUCCCAGCAGGACUGGGGGCAGAGGCAGAAGGUCCCGGAGGACUCAGAGGACGACUACGCCCUGCACGAUGACUACGCCUUGGAGGGCACAGACCCUCCCGAAGUGCUUGAAAACAGCACUGUGACUGCGGCCCCAGAGCCCCAGCAUCCGACUGAGGGGCCGGACACCCCUGAGCCAGCCACUGCCGAGGCCAGCACAAGGCACGCUGCUGGCCCGGAUGCCGUGGGGGCGACUGGGGGGAAUCUGAGCAUGGAACCGUCCAUGCAGAAUGUGCCUGUCUCCGUGGGCCUGCUGGCCACACAACUGGCCUCUGUGAUGGUUCCCGUGACCCUAUCCACAGAGAGGGUUCUGUCCACGGAGCCGGUCACCAUGGCCCAGUCCAUGGGACCAGCAGCCACAGAGGCAGAGACCACGCAGCCAGCAGCCACGGAGUCUGAGACCACGCAGCCAGCAGCCACGGAGUCUGAGACCACGCAGCCAGCACCCACAGAGGCAGAGACCACGCAGCCAGCACCCACAGAGGCAGAGACCACACAGCCAGCACCCACAGAGGCAGAGACCACACAGCCAGCACCCACAGAGGCAGAGACCACGCAGCCAGUAGCCACGGAGGCCCUGUCCACAGAACCCACUGCCAUGGGGUCCCAGCCCAUGGAAUCCAGUGUUAUUGAGGCUCUCUCGACAGAGCCAGCAGCCAUAGUGGCCCUGUCCACAGAGCCAGAAGCCAACACGGAGUCCCCAUUCAUAGAACAUACUGCAGCACAGGGACUGGCCACGCCCACGCCUGGCCCCUCUGCCACUCACCUGAGCACCCCCACGGCCACCGGCAGUGCGCCUGCGGUCAUCCACGUGAAGAAAGAGAAGGUUCUUCCCUCCCAGAGCCCCGGGACCCCCGGCCCCAUGGGGAUCCCGGACAGUAUCCCUGUGAAACAGUGCCUGCUGGCCAUCCUCAUCCUGGCGCUGGUGGCCACCAUCUUCCUUGUGUGCACCGUGGUGCUGGCCGUCCGUCUGUCCCGCAGGAACCACACGUACCCCGUGCGCAGCUACUCCCCGACCGAGAUGGUCUGCAUCUCCGCCCUGCUGCCCGAGGCUGGCGACGGGACCCCCGCCACCGCCAACGGACGGCGCGCAUCCAGGGGCCCCGGCCUCAAGGCGGAGGCCAAGGAGGAGCGCGACGGAGAUGACCUGACCCUGCACAGCUUCCUCCCCUAGCCCCUCCCGCACGCAUGCCUCCCCCAGGGGGGCCUCCAGGGAGCCCAGUGAUCAGGGUGGUCUCAAGGGAGUGGCCCUGGACCACUGCAAGCAGAGACGGGAGCAGCCACGGCCCGGCCGGAGACCUCAUGGCACAGGCCCUGUGGCCACCGCCCCUGCCUUCCAGCUGAGAACCCUGGGGGCCCAGGGACACCUCUCCCCUUCCCCGCUCUGUGCGGGGCCUCUGACACCCCCUUCCUCUUUCCUCCAGACCCCUGAGUCUCAGCCCCACUGGGCUGUCACGCUGGCCACCGCAGAGCCAGGAACCCCCAGGCCACUUGUGUUGGGACAGCUGGGGUUCUCUCGGGCAGCGCUCCAGGGAGCCCGGGGGGAGACUCUUCUUGGGGACCGCAUGGGCCAAUUGGGCACCUCUCUAUCUGGUGACCUCGCUCACCUUCCCCCAUGGCCCCCUUCAGGGUGGGCUCUGUCCUGUCCACUGCCGUGUCCCACUGCCCAGCAGGGGACUGGCCGCAGCCCAAGGCCCUUAGUAAAUGCAUAAUGGACAAAUGACAGCUGCCUCCUCCAGGGGGCCUGCCUUGAUUUUUCCUCCCCCAGCGCAGGGCGAGGUGUUGGCUCUUGGCCGCUCACCCUCAGCCCCAAGCCCCCAAGGAAGCCCCUUGGUUGAAAGGUGACUCUCAGGAGACAGGUGCACCCAAUUACAUAAGUGAGGGGUUGGGGAAGAUUUUGGGUUGCAGGGUGGAUGGGGGGGUACCAAGGCUGUCUCCCCCAAACCCAUGCCAGGGGUCCAUGGUAUUCAACUUCCCAUGACUCAGAUCUGCCCUACAGGAAGUAGUUCCCCCAAAGUCUCAGCCAAGAGCCCCUCUCAGCGUCAACGCCCCCCUCCCGGGCACACCCAGGAGCACCUUGCCAUGAGGCAGCAUCCGACAGCUCUGAUCGGCUGGCAUCUCAUAGGUGGGGCUGGUGGAAUUUUUCUUAAAGGGCCCGACAACAAAUAUGAGGACGCCUCAGAAAGUUUAUGGGAAAAUAUAAUAAAAAGAUGAGUUUAUUUUUGACGCAAACAUA